AUGCGAACGUCGGCCGGCUACACUCUUGGGGACCACUGUCGAAAUCUCGACCCCAAUGACACUGAGGAAUGCGACUCGCUGUACCCUCUACUCAGCCGUCGGGCCGAGGACUUGCUCAUCCAAGAGGACGAGGAUCGACGCGCCCUUUCCCGCGGCAACGCGACCAUAUGGACCCCAGAUGCUCGCAGUGCUUGGGAGGAUGGCCUUAAGUACGGAUUCUGA